AUGGGUGAUACUGAUGAUAUCAAUGAAAUCUUUCGAAUAGUCGAUUCAGAUGGAAGUGGUUAUCUUGAUAAAGAAAAACUUCAACGUAUAUGUCCACAUUUAUCUUCAUCUGAAAUUGACAUUAUAUUUAAUGAUCUUGAUACUGAUCAUGAUAAUCGUAUAAGUUUAAAAGAAUUUACAAAUGGUUUUAAAGAACUUAUUAAACCAAAUGAUAAUGAACGUUUAUUACGUAAAAAAAAAUUAAUUAAUUAUGAAAAUGUUAUUGAUAAAGAUGAAGAUGAUUUAACAACAGAAGUAGCACAAACACAAAUCAAUGAAGUAUUCAAUAAUCUAUCAUGUCAAGAACAAAUUUAUGAUUUUUAUGAAACAUUACGAAGUGGAUCAAGUGAAUCCAUAGAACAGUUUCAAUCAAUUCUUGAAGUAUUUGUUUGUGAUAUAAUCAAAUAUCGUAAAGAAAUUAGACGAUUAGAAGAUUCUUAUAGACGAGAAAAAGAAAUGAAUGAAAAAUAUUUAAGACGUAUUGAAGAAGAUCAAGAACGUGAUAUGCAUCAAUUAGAAGUAAAAGUUCGUAAAGAAGAAAAACAAAAGUUUGAAUCUGAACGAGAAUUAAUUCAACAACGUGCAAGCAAAAAAUUAACUGAGCUACAAGGAAAUCUUCAACGUUUACAAGCUAUUGAACAAUGUUAUAUUGAUCGUCAAUCAAGUGAAGAUUCAUCAAUUGUUUUAUUACGUGAAGAAAUUUCUAAAUUAACACAAGAAAAUCAAACACUUAAUUCAUCAUUAAAUGAUUCAUUAACUACAGUUGCAAUAUUAAGAAGUGAUUUACAAUCAUUGAAAACUCAAUUAAAUGAACAUCAAACAAUGCUUUUACAAGAAAAACAAGUAUCAUCAAAUAAUUAUCAUGAAAAAGAAUCAUUACAAUCAAAUGUUCGUCAACUUGUAGAAGUUAAUAAAAAACUUCGUGAUGAAAAUGAUGCAUUACGUGUUAUGAUCGAAUCAAACAAAGCCAACGUUUCUUCUGAUAUUCAUCCAACAUCAAAACGAAUGUCUCGAAGUGGAUCAAUUCUUGAAACUUAUUGGCAUAAUCAUCAUCCAAAAAUUGAUUGUACAUCAUCAUCAUAUACAUCAACAGCUCAACAACAAUCUCAUCUUGGAAAACUUGAUUCAUUCGAUAUCGAAUCAACUGAUGAAUUAGAUAGUGGUUUAUCAUUAACAACUGUACGUGAUGCAACUGAACUUGAAUCAGAUCGUGAUGAACAAGCUAAUAAACAAUCAUUAAAAAAUUCCAAAUCAUAUCGACCAACGUCAAUGAAGCGAAAUAAAGAUGAUACUGAUUCUGAUGAACUUUUCGAUGCGAAAGCAAUGGACCGUAAUAAUUCAAAACGAUGGUCUCAACAACGAUCAUUAAAACGAACAUCUGGUAAUGAAAAUUCAUUAUCAAAACAUCUAAUCAAUUCAUCAUCAUCACUACUUAAUCAAACACCUACAAGAAAACAUAGCGGAGCAACAGUAACUGAUAUUCAAAAAGAGCAAACAACAUCAAACCAUCCAUUUGAUCGUAUGUAUAAAGUCGUUUUUUGUGGUGAUGCUGCUGUUGGUAAAAGUACAUUAAUAAUGCGUUUAUGUAAAGGAAAAUUUAUUUCAAAUAUAAAUUCUACAUUGGGUGUUGAUUUUCAAAAUAAACAACUUGAAAUAGAUUCAAAACGUAUUGCUAUACAAUUAUGGGAUACAGCUGGACAAGAGAGAUUUCGAAGUAUUGCAAAAUCUUAUUUUCGUCGAUGUGAUGGUGUUAUACUUGUUUAUGAUUCAACAUAUGAACGAUCAUUUUUAAAUGUUCGAGAAUGGAUUGAUACAAUAGCUGAAUCAACAUCAAAAAAAGUUUCAGUUAUGAUUGUUGCAAAUAAAAUUGAUUUAAGAGAUCAAAUGCGUGCAGAAGGAAAAAAAGUUGUUGAAUAUGAUGAUGGAACAAAAUUAGCUAAAGAAUAUAAAGCAUUAUUUAUUGAAACAAGUGCAAAAGAUGGUACUAAUUCAGAUGAAGUACUUAUUGAAUUAGCUCGAGACAUGCAAUGUAAUGAAGAUUUAGAACGUUAUCGUACAUCUGGAGUUGAUUUAGAUAAAACAACGAAAAAAUCAGCAUGUUGUGGUAGUCGAUCUUAA